AUGUGUCAGCCUGUCUGCGUUGCAAUCAUCGUCUGGGGCCAUUAUUCGCACACGUAUUACAGCAUGCGCUACGAGCGCAUAUUACCAUCAGACAAGUACGGUAUAUGCAGCCAUAUUCCUGCUCGAUCCAGCUUCACGGCAUUGGACCAAUGA